AUGUCGAAGAUUUCGGGGAACAGCGACAAUGCAGUCUCUGCUUCGGCCAAGGGAGCCUCUUUUCUGAUCCUCCUUCAGAUCGGCUCCCGCGCUCUCACAUUUGCAUUGAACCAGAUUCUCCUUCGCUUCUUGUCUCCAGAGCUACUGGGUGUCAGCGUACAGUUGGAGCUGUACUGUAUCUCGGUUCUGUAUUUUGCACGCGAAAGCUUGCGAGUCGCGUUGCAACGAAGGGCUGAUGGCACGCAAGCUGUAAUCAACAUGUCCUAUCUCGCCAUCGCUGCUGGAGUGCCUUUGAGCUAUGCACUUGCAAAACUAUACCUCCAGACCGAGGUGCCCAGAGUGCCGUUCUUGAUCCAGUCGUUAAGGGUGUAUGGUAUUGCAGCUAUGGUUGAGUUGUUCGCAGAGCCCAGCUUUGUGGCUGCACAGCAGAAAAUGCUGUAUAAAGUUCGUGCUUCUGCUGAAGCUGCUGCAACAAUCAUGAAAACGUUUGCUACUGUUGGAUUGGUUGUAUGGGCGAGUCGGCAAAGCAGAGAUCUAGGUGUAUUACCUUUUGCUGUUGGACAACUGGCUUAUGCUACCUCGUUGUUGGUAGUAUAUUUUACGAGACUUGCUCUGGUAGCAAAAUCAGAGGGAUUCUCUUUGUUUCUACGUAAUAUUCAGAGGUUCGUCACGUCUUUUGAAGAGACAAACCUACCCGGCAAGCUGACUGUUAUUACANGCAAAACCGAAAAGUUCUGGUUGUCUCUUUUCUCACAGCCUUUGCUGAACCUCUCAUUGAGCUUGACAAUCCAGUCAAGUAUCAAGUAUGUACUCACACAGGGAGACUCUAUCCUCAUCGCAUCUCUGGCCUCGCUCCAAGAUCAGGGAGCCUACGCUUUGUCCUCAAACUAUGGUGGCCUGAUCGCACGCAUGCUCUUCCAACCUAUCGAAGAAGCCUCUCGCAACCUUUUCGCCAAACUCUGCGCACCAACUACCUCAUCUGCAACGUCCAAGCAACCCGAUUCAAAGGAACAUGGAGACGGCAUCAGACAGGCUAAUAGUACUCUCACCCUCAUCUUGAAGGCCUACUCCUUGAUCUCCCUCGUCGCCUUCGCUGCUGGCCCUACCGUCGCACCCGUCCUUCUUUCCCUCGUAGCAGGAAGUCGCUGGUCUCAUACAGGCGCUGGCGAAGUUCUGGGCUGCUACUGCUACUACAUCCCUCUGCUGGCUCUCAACGGCGUGUCUGAAGCCUUCGUCGCCGCUGUGGCCGACAACAAGCAAUUGUACACCCAGUCAAUCUGGAUGGGUGGAUUUNUUGCAGCCUUUGCAGGAUCAGCAUACCUCUUUCUCAGAGUAUUGGAGAUGGGGGCAAAAGGCCUGGUCUGGGCGAACUGCGUCAAUAUGGGGUGCAGGAUCUUGUUCAACCUAUCCUUCGUCAAGAGCUUCUUUGCGAAGAAAGGACAGGUGAGUUAUCUGCAUAUCAAGUACCUAUCUAACAUGACUUUGCUGAUCGAGUUUCCAAUAGNNGCUUUCGAUGUGAUGAAGAUUCUGCCUUCGGCUGUGAGUAUCGCUAUCGCUGCGAUCGUGCCUAGUAUCCUCAAAGCAACUACUGGGCUGUUGUCGAGAUACGGCAUUAUCGGCGAGCUCGCCAGAAUCGGAGCCAUUACUGGUGUUUUUGUUGUUGCAUUGGCAUUGUCAGAGCGCAAGUUCCUUAUUCACGUUUACAAGCAGAUUAGACCAUGA